GAGAGAGAGAGAGGAGGGAGUGACCGAGUGACGGAGUAGUUUCCAGUUUCCACGCCAAAAAGUCUUUUCCAGACUAGACUUGGAGACGGUUGGAGUCAGUCAGCUCCACACUACACUCCCUUUCUCUUUCUCUUUCUCUUCAUCUUCCUCUUCCUCUGCAUCCACCAGUCCAGUCCAGGCACCGCCAUCUCCACUCCUUCCCCAAUUCAAUUCAAUUCAAUUCUUCUGAAACGCUAACUACAUAAUUCUCCAUACCUGGAGACUGGACUGUCCAUCUGUAUUGCAUAUUCUUACAAAUUAUGGCGAUGUGGUGUACCUUGGCUCAACUGCUUCUCUUCCUGCUUUACCUCCACCUGGGAUCAUCUCAACCUCAACCUCAAUCGUCGCUGCCCUCCGAUCAGGUCAGUCUUCUCACUAGGGUUUAUCGAAUUGUCCGUGGAGGAGUUGCGGUCGAAGCCUCCCACCCACCCUGUUCAUGGCAAGGGGUUUCCUGCAACUCUUCCAAUUCCACCAUAAUUAAGCUCUCUUUCAAUUCUCUCUCAAUUUCCUCCUCUCAAUUCCUCCCGCUCUUAUGUCCGCUCACCUCCUUGGAGUCUCUCGAUGUUUCCAACAACACUCUCAAUUCCAUCCCUUCCGACUUCUUCGCCCCUACUUGUCGAGUCAUCGCCGGCCUCAAGGUUUUGAACUUGAGUAGAAACAGCCUCGGCGGUCCUCUGCAGCCGUACAGCGGAUUCAAGAGGUUGGAACACUUGGAUAUUUCUUUCAAUAAUCUUAUCGGAGAGGUCGAUUCUCAGUUGAGCGGAUUGGAUUCUCUCAAGAGCCUGAAUCUCUCGCACAAUGAUUUAUCAGGAAGUCUCCCUAUUAGCCAUGGGAAUUUCAGUCUUUUGGAGGAGCUUCAGCUUUCUUCCAACCUUUUUUCAGGUCCAAUUCCUGUAGAAAUCACGAAACUCAGAAAUCUGCAGCUGAUCGAUCUCAGUACAAACAUGGUUUCAGGCUCUGUUCCUGGAAACAUUGACGCCCUCCCCGCACUGGAAACCUUGUUGCUGUCCUUCAAUCUAUUGAAUGGUGAAAUUCCUGCAACAAUUUCCAAUAUCACCACACUGUCGAGGUUUGCAGCGUAUCAAAACAACUUUACUGGGAAGAUACCGUCCGGAAUUACUACAUAUCUCCAAACGCUGGAUCUCAGCUUCAAUGGUUUGGCAGGGGAAAUUCCAUAUGAUCUUCUCUCCGGCUCGAAUUUGCGCUCCAUUGACCUUACAGACAAUCAUCUUACAGGGCCAAUACCUGUGAAUAUUUCCAGGAGGUUGUUCAGGUUGAGGUUGGGUAAUAACUUUCUUAAUGGUCGCCUUCCGGCAGGAUCAUUCAGAAGCCUCGUUGACUUGAUGUACCUGGAGUUGAAUGGCAACAGCUUGUCGGGGCCGAUACCUUCUGAAUUGGGUAUGUGCAGGAGUUUGGCUCUGUUGAACUUAGCACAGAACAGGUUAUCCGGCCAGCUGCCUCCGGUGUUGGGCGAUCUGACGAAUCUCCAGGGCUUGUUUCUUCAGAUAAAUGAUUUCACUGGACAUAUCCCACCGAAUAUUAUGAAAUUGGAUCGAUUGUUGAAGCUGAAUUUGAGCAGGAACUCGCUCGAAGGCGUGAUACCUGCAUCGAUUUCAACUUUGAAGAGCCUUCAGUACUUGCAUUUGCAAAGCAAUGAGCUUAGCGGUUCUAUACCUGAUUCUAUUGGAAGCUUGUCUUCUCUGCUGGAGCUCCAGCUAGGAGAGAAUCGACUUAGCGGCCGAAUACCCCGAAUGUCGUAUACACUGCAAGGUGCUUUGAAUCUCAGCCACAAUCUGUUUAGUGGAGGAAUUCCAGAUUCUUUAUCUGCACUGCAGAAUUUGGAAGUCUUGGACCUUUCCAACAAUCGAUUUUCGGGUGAGAUACCGGGGUUCUUGGCAUCAAUGGCCAGCUUAAAUCGAUUAGUUCUAUCAAACAAUCAGCUGUCUGGGGUUGCCCCGGACUUUGCACACUUUGUGGAUCUUGAAAUAGAGGGUAAUAAUGUUUCAGUCAGACCAAAAUAUGAUGGACAAAAUCAUGGCCGGGCAUCGAAAAGAAAGAAGAUAUCACUUCCUUGGGUUGUUUCCAUUGCAGUCGCAAGUCCUGCAAUUGCGGUUGGUUUAGUCGUAGCGAUAGCUGUGAUGAUUCUAAGAAAGUACCACAGGGUCAACGACGAACAUCUCCAUUUGGAAGAAGAAAUAGCUCCACCGCAAGUUGUCCAUGGAAACUUUUUGACUCUAAACAGCAUCCACCGGUCCAAUAUAGAUUUUGAGAAAGCAAUGGAAGCUGUGGCGAACAGAGCGAAUAUAAGAUCAAAGACCAGAUUCUCGACCUACUACAAAGCUGUAAUGCAGUCGGGCACCACUUACUUCGUCAAGCAGCUCAAUUGGAGCGACAAAAUAUUCCAAUCGGGCAGCCACGAACGACUUGGAGAGGAGCUGCAAGUUUAUGGGAAGCUCUGCAAUUCUAAUGUUAUGAUCCCGCUUGCGUAUGUUCUGACAGUCGACAGCGCUUAUCUGUUCUACGAAUUUGCCGCGAAAGGCACCCUUUCUGAAGUUCUUCAUAAUAGAACAGAUGGUCUGUUGGAUUGGGCUAGCCGAUACAGCAUUACUAUCGGAAUAUCUCAAGGUUUGGCCUCCCUCCAUGAGUGCAGCUCCGGACCAAUACUUCUCCUUGACCUUUCCAGCAGAAGCAUCUGGUUGAAGUCCCUCACAGAGCCUCAAAUCGGCGACAUUGAGCUGUGCAAGGUCAUUGAUCCUUCCAAGAGCACCGGCAACCUCUCUGCUAUUGCCGGCUCGGUUGGUUAUGUCCCACCAGAAUACGCAUACACGAUGAGAGUGACAGCAGCCGGGAAUGUGUACAGCUUUGGCGUGCUUCUGCUGGAGCUGCUGACGGGUAAGGAAGCGGUGAACGGAGGGACUGAGCUGGCAAAAUGGGUGCAAAGCAAACAAAGCAAAUGGGAUCAAAUUCUUGACAGUAGCAUUAGCAGGACGUCGGCGAGUGUUAGAAGCCAGAUGUUGGCGGUUCUUAAGGUUGCCUUAGCUUGUGUUAGCGUCACCCCCGACCUGAGGCCGAAGAUGAAGAGCGUUCUGCGGAUGUUACUCAAUGCAAGGUGAAGGUGAAGGGGAUGAAUGAUCAUGGCAAUGGAAUCUGCAGCAGGUAUCUUCAAUCAAUUUUGACACUAGUGUGUGUGUUUGUUCGUUUGUGCCAUAAUAUCAUUACAUUACAUAACAUAAUCCAUGAAAAACACUGGUGCAUUUUAUUAUAUGUAUGUAUGAAAGAAUGAAUAUAGACAAUGUCAAGUGUAGGUAGAUAGAUUGCGAGUUGUCUCUUAUGUGCUUGUGUUUGUUUAUAGGAAAAGGAAAAGGAAAAGGAAAAGGAAAAUGAAAAUGAAAAUGAAUAAUAAAUAUAGGUUGGUUUGUUAUUGGUGAAAUGACUAUUGUAUCCCUCCCUUCCCGUCUAGUAUAAAAUUAAAAUAUACAGAGAUUCAGAGUUGAGGAGGGAGGGAGGGAGACAGAGAAACUUAACCCUAGCGGUACCGAUGCGUUUCUUUCCGCCGCCUCAAAGGACAUUCUUCCUCUUCCUGAUUGGUUUUAGUGGUAAAGUUGAAAUAUUGUGUGUGCUUCUCUUACUUAUUCUCUUCCCGUCUAUCAUUGAUUCUCGAUGUAUUUUUCUCACUGUGAUUGUGCAUUAGUUAAUGGUGCUAGACGCGAAUGCGCUGUAGAUAUCUAGUGAGAUUUGCUUUUCUGUUUUUCGCGUGCGUUUGUGUGAUUAUGUGAAGUGGAAGUUGAUGUUGUGACUUGUUGUUGCUGCCACAUGAUGUUUUGGGACAUUGCGCAAGGGCUUUGAGGUCCUCCUCGUGGACUAUGAAAUAACUCAGCAUAUCCAUUCCCUUCUGAUGGCAGAGCAACAGAACGAAUACUCUAUAGUCUAUUCUUGUACUUUCUCAGUACAUCCCUACCUCCUUCAAUGGGGAGGAUGAGAUCAGUCUUCCUGGAUUCCUGUGUUCCUCCGUUACUUUUCUUGUGUUUUCUCUAAAUAAAAUGAAAAUUGUA